AUGAAUUGGUUCAGCAUUAAUUAUGGGCCUAAGAUUUGUCAAACUUUUAUAACAAAUGGUUUUCCYUAUAUUACACUCAACAGUGGGGGCCGUACUCCAGACAAAGUCAAAAAACACAAAACUGACACAGAUGUAGUCUUGGAUUUAUUUGGAGACAGUAUGRUACAAUCUGACACAAAGUGUUCCAAACAAAAUAUAGACCUGUGUCUUAUAUAUUUCUUACUCAGCAAAUAUAAAAUAUUACCUGUACCAGUCAAAAUCAUAUCUUUAUAUAUUAACAAUUCAUUGAAUUCAUUCAAGUCAAUUGAUCAUCAAUCUUUUGUUGCACUAAUGCAUUGUAUAGAAACUGUAUCUGACAACACUGAUUUGAUUAAACCAAAAGACUCCUUUGAUUUGAAUUCUGUCAUAGAAAAAUUAGUUAUUAUUCACAAUGAAAUGGUAACAACUGAUAGUCGUCAUCGUCAAGAGAAAACAAAGUUAGUGUUUAAUUACUUGUGUUCAAUCACAUCGAAAACACAUUUAAAAAUAGCUGAAGAAGUCGAAGAAUUUAGUAGCUGGCUGACUUUAUUACCGGAAUUUUUGUGCCAACGUAAAAUACCAUAUCAUUUAGUAAAAGCUUUAUCAAAUGUGGCUAGAUAUAAUUUACCAGAGUUCACCAAAUCAUUACGCUUGUUAAAGCCAGCAUUAUUGGACAAUGUUGAGAUUGUAGCAGACAACAAAGCUGAAAAAGUUAAUGGUCAGACUUUAUUAAAAGAUAUGAUGUAUUCACAAUAUGAUUGGGAAAAAGAAAUUGGAAUUGUUAAUUAAUGUGUAUUUACAAUUUUGUUAUUAAAAUCAAUUUYCUGUUWAC